GGCUCACUUGCGCGACCAUCUCCUCCAGUCGCUCAGAGGAUUACCUGGCAGCCGGGAGCUCCACAUUCACGUUCUCGUAACCGCGCCCCGGAAAUAUCAGAACCUCUUUCCUUAUGCCACGCCACGCCCCCGUUCUUACGCUCAAGAUGUGCUCAUCUUGGUAUCCGAGGAAGUGAACGACGAAGCAGAACGCGUGAAAGACGAAGUGAAGGAGGACAGUAGCUCGACUUCAGAAGUGGAGCUUCCUAAGCCUCGCGUUUUCACUACUGCACUGGAGGCAGCUGUUUACACAAUCCCGUCCACUUCCUCCGCGAUUCUGUACAUAUCGAAGUUGGACUCGACUGGCCAAGGAAUCAAUCCGUCACCCACUCGAACCAUCGCUUCAUCAUUCAUCCAGUACUACUCGGAUCCGAAAACGAGGCCGAUCCCAGCAAGGCAUCUAUGGGUGCAUUUGUUUGCACGCGCGCAGGGCCAAUAUCUGUUCCCCAACUCCUCCGAGUGCGAAGUCAAAAAGCCACUGUCGGAUAUACGACUGUGUGCCUGGUGGAGGUCGGUCGUGGGCAAUGCCGUGGCAGAGGUGGCUGGAGGAGAGGCGGUGAUUAAGAAGAGUUACUAUCUGCUCCCGGGCAUGAGCGAGUUUGAAGCGGAUCAAGCGAUGCGGCGCGUGUCUUCUUCUUCGACGGUCAAAGGAGAAUGGAUAUACGGACAUCCAUACUCUCAAGGGAAUAUUCCGUUGCCCUGUCCACCACACGCCCAAGAUGCACCCCUCGGGCACUUUAUUCCUUGGUUCGACGACUGUCCUAAAUCCCGUUUCAUAGACGAGAUGGCGUCCGACAUUGAGGCAGGACACUCUCCCCCUCGCAAGAGAAUCCGGACCACGACGGAAGGCGCGAGCAGGGAUAAGAAAGACAAGGUUUCGCACAUGGGUGGUGAGCUGGGGAAGGUGUCGAUUGACGACUUCUGGGAGCGGAUGUCGUUUCGACAAGAGUGUGUUGCCGGCGCAAUCACGGGGUUCUUCGUGGGCAUUGUGUCUUGCUUAUUGUCGGAUUUGCCGCAGGAAGUACAAAAUAUGUCUCCUCUGGCUCCACAACCCGGACAAGUCGCUGAAGCUGUCAACAAGCGAGUGUUGAACGGACUGAUGACUGGUGUCGAGUUUUCCACUCGAGAGAGGGCUCUCAAGGGAACUGCAGCGGUGGAGGCAACCAUCAAGAGUCUCUGCGAUGGAAUGGCUCGCGUCCCAGUGCCGAUAGCCACCGGAAAACCGAAAAAAGUUGUGGGGACUGGCGGCAGAAAGACACCAGAACCUGGUGAGAAGCCGAGAUUCCUCGUCCCCCCAUCGACACCUCCACGAAAAGGAUCAAGUCAUGUGCCAGACGUCUCUCCCAAUCCCUUCCCAGAGCCAAUCGCCUCGUUGGAAACAUACGACUGCCAUAUACACGGUCAGAUUCGUGUCGAGAAUGCGCCAAUUACGCGCGAAUCACGUUCAGAAACGCACGUGACGGUGUUGACUGUCCGAAAGAAGAGGAAACAAAACUGAAGGCUGUGACCUUGGUUCCUUGCCGCUCAAUCUGUAACACGUAACUGUCUGUGAUGCAUGCAUUGCAUGGUGAAAGAUGGUCAUUUGGCGUCUGGCGGUUUCGUGUUGAGCUUUGAAGGAAGAAUGGAUUGUCCCGGAUGCAGUAAACACUUCAGUUGUCAUGGUUGCGAGGCACGUCGCUAUGACAAAUUCCACACUUCAGUCAAUUUUGCGUGAGAAAAUAUGCAGAUUUCCGAAGACAUCCGGUGGAGACUCGUUGGAGACUGGCCUCAACUUGCACCCUCUUGCACAUGGGAAUCUGAUGUUGGAAGCCAAGGGGUGUUCAAAUGUUGGCGGAUGGAAUGUUUCAGUCGGUGGGACCUGCGUGCCAAGGGGGAAAGAUGCUCUAAUAUUAUGCAUUGAUCGAAUCUCACUCUUUCUGUUGAGAAUUCAGCGAACAGCAGGCUUGCUUCCUGCCAUCACGUUUUCUGCCUCCCGUCGGUGGUUGGUCUACGACCUUGCUCGUGAACGUCCUGCCCGACGAUGACCACCCACGCUCAUUCUUUACCAUCAUUCGCUCAGGCGUUCAGCAACACAGAGCUCCCCCUGGGCGGUAUCUUGUCCGGCAGUAACGCUCUUCCCCCAAUUCACCCACGCUCGACACCACCACAUCCUCGACGCCCCAUUUCGCCCCCGAUGUCCUCCUCAUCCCGCCACUCUCAUCACAUGGAUGAGGAUAAGGUCAACGGACGAAAACGACCUCGAGACCACGGGUCACACACCAGGGACGAGUCUAUCGAAGACGAACGAGAGCCCCCGCGGCUGGUUAGAAUCAAGCAGGAACACGACACCAACAUGCCAGAUGCCGACGCACGCCAUCUCUGUCAGCCCGACCCCGCAGUCGGCUCACCCGCUCCCUCCGCUUCACGGGCACCCGUAUCCAAAAAGCGGCGCAUGACAGUUACGGGUGCACCGCAGUUGAACACGGAUGUCCGUGCCUCCCCUCCUGAACCAUCUGCCAGCACCCCUAUUUCCCCUGUUGUCAUGGGCUUUUCUCUCAUGCGCGACAAUCCAAACGCGAUCGAGCAAGUACGGUCCAUGAUAACUGUCAAGCAGAAGCAGAAGGCCCUGAUCGAGCAACGACGCGGCAGUCUGGUCGGUGCAUCCACCUCGCCACCGACUCCUGUAUUGACGGAUGUCGCCAAAUCUUCGGGCCCUCGUCAGCGGCGUAGUCCCGCCAAUGGAAACACGUCGCGACGGGUGAUGAAUACAAACGCCACCCCUCCUAUGGUCCGUGUCCCCUCUCCUCCAACACACUCGCCCUCCCUUGCGGCCCCGCCGGUUGCCACGCAUUCUCUUCCACCGCCUCCAAUAAGUUUUGCUCGUCGUCGUGCCGAGCAACUUGGAAAUGUCAAGCGCAAACCUGCAGAUAUCAUCAUCAGCCCUCGUGAAGCGCAUACCCCAGAGGAAUUCCAGCCUGCGAUUCAAAGUGCACCGCCUGUGCCGGGCCGAUUCUCGAUGGCGCUUCCGAGGUUGCCAAGUGUCAUGGGACUUGGUGGAGAUCAAGGCCCUGGGCGACGGAUAGCUGGUUACGUGCCGCCGACCCCAACUCGCUUGUCAAUGCAACGGCAUAGCAGUGCGAAUGCCGUUCCCUCCAUUGCGCAUAUAGCCGCUACCCCAACCACCAAUAUGUCGAACACGCGGUCCCCUUCAAUGGCAGCCAGUGUUCCGAUUGCAACCAAUGUGCCGAUAGCAACGACGUUGGCUGUUCCUAGGACGCCUGCAACAUUGUCUCAACGGCAUCCAGCGGAUAGGGACAAGGAAGCUUUCCUGGCACCGUUCGAGAUGUUCUAUGACGCGCUGAGCGACGCUCGAACCCUGAAAGGAUGGCUCGGAGAGCAACUGGCUCGGGCAGGGACACUUACUCAGACCCUGACUAAGGAACGAGAGGCUUUCACUGUGGAACGGGAGGGAAUGGAGAGUCGUUUGGCAGACAUGGUGGAGGCUGCAGUCGACAAGAGAGUGCGGGUCGAAGUAGCGGGGCUGUACAGGCGGAUCGAUGAGCUCGAGAGUGCUCUGCGCUCUGCAGGCCUGGCUAUCCCGUCGGGAAGCGGACGAAGAAUGAGUACUGAGGGGGCCAAGAACAAAUAUGCCAAUGGUCUGGUGCCCACAGAGUCGUAUACGUUCCCUCCGCGACAGAAUACGGACCGGCCUGUUCGCAGGAAUGUUUCGCCCGGAUGGCCUCAACCUGCGGAAGACGACGGGAGCACCAGUGGAUCCCCUGCUCCGCCUUCUUUCGACAGUCGGCGCUUGUCUCUCUCUGCAAGUCGCCUGGAUCCCUUGCCCGGAAAGGGCGUCAAUUCACCGCCCCUUGGCAAGGAGACGAAAGACAUGGACGCCGGGGCCUGUGCUGAGGCACCCGAAGACUGAUGCGAUAUGAAUGACUGACUGUUGAUCUUGGAUGGACACAAAAACUUUCGUUGCAUUUCUACACUUUCGGGCACGGACAAUACGGUGUCGCACCAUCCACUCCUUCUUGAUUUCUUCUCCCAUGUCGUUUAUUGGAUUAUUGUUUGUGUACUAUAGUGCUCUGUGUAUCAAGGAAAUACGGAAGGAGGUUUGACCCAGGCUUCCACCUCAA